UCCAAACGAAUGCAUCCUCCCAAAUCGGCCAAGCGUCCCAGCUUCCCAGCUAUAGACGGCAACGUCAGCGAUGGCCAUUCAGAAGACUCGUCUGUCCAAGACGACGGAGAGCCUGUCACCAAGCAAAGCAAGACACCAGCUAAGAAGAAGUCCAAAGCAUCAAGCAGGGCGGUUGAACUGAGCGGCAGUCUGGCUGGCGUUCUCGAGAUUGUGCAAGCCGCCCAGAAGGAAGCAACAACUGAAAUGAGCAAAGUCGCCAAGGACAUUGCAGACGCAAAUAUUCAGCUUCAACGGGAGGCAACAAUUGAAAAGAACCAGGGGCGUUUCGGUUGAACAGCCUCUGCAGAGUUGGACAACAGAAGAAGCAUCAGUGUCACCUGCAU